AUGGGAGGAUCUUCCAGUUCUGUUACAAUGACAGCGGAAAAUGCAAGGUUAACAUUUCCUCAUCUCCAACAAGUAUUUGAUAUUCAAGAUCAAGAGAUUGAAAUAGAAAAUACUCGGAAAAAAAUAUUUAAUUAUAUUGUUUCAGGAAUCGACCAUGCGCCAGCUAAUGAUAUUAUGAAAAAUUUAGUAAAAUAUGCGAUCAGUUAUAUUACGGCCGCUGUAGAAGAUAGCCAAGAUCCGAUAGAUAGAAAAAUCGAAAGACAUAUUGGUAGAUAUUUAUAUACGCAACUAUCAGCAGAAUUUGAUGAAAUUAAAAGAAAAUUGAAAUUAAUUCAACAUUGUAUGGCAAUAAAUGGAUGGAAGGAUGCAUAUGCUGAUAUUAGCUAUUGUAUCUCAAGAUGUGGAGUGCUUUUAAGCUUAUUUUUAAAUAACAUUAAUCAUGCACUAGCCAUGGGAACGCUAUUUAAAGAACUAUGUCUGGUAUAUAUUGCUCUUGGAUUGGUAUUAGCAGAAUACAAUGCAGUACAUAUACCACAUAUAAUUGAUCGGUUUAAUGAAAUUGAAGAGGCUGUGAAAAAAUUUAAAGAAGCAGCUGUAAGCCAGAGAUUAAAGAUGAUUUUGUUGAAGUGGUGGUGCUUCACUGAUCCGUUAAGACCUGAUAUGAUGGGUAUUCAAAUCAUGGACAGAUUAGGAGAAGAUCUAGAAGGUGGUAGCUCAGAUUCAGGAUACUUCGAUCUGGUUGGCGAAAUAAAUUCAAUAAAAUAUGAAGAACUUACAAACUACAAACGUCAAUUGGAAAGUAUAUAUAGCCACUAUUUUGAUAAAAUAAAAUUUCAAGCAUUGGAUCAAGCAAGGAACAGAAUAGCAACAAUUGAAGUAAGGCGAGCAACUCAAUAA